CCUGUAUAAAUAUACCGUCGGCCGCCUCACACCGCCGAACCAAAUACUACGUCCGCAGAACGAAAACACACUCGCUGACUCUACUCCGGCACUCCCCUUGCUUCUUCUCCACUUCGGCUCCAUCUUUCCUGCCCCCUCCAAGAUACUCGAGGAGCCAAUCCAUGUGCGGCGGCGCAAUCAUCUUCGACUACGUCCCGGCGCGGCGCCGGGUGUCCCCCGCCGACUUCUGGCCCGACGAGGACGCCGACGCCGAGGACUCCCACGGCCCACGCACCCCCGAGAGAGCGCCGCGCGCGAAGCGGCAGCGGAAGAACCAGUACCGCGGCAUCCGGCAGCGGCCGUGGGGGAAGUGGGCGGCGGAGAUCCGCGACCCCGUCAAGGGCGUCCGCGUCUGGCUCGGCACCUACCCCACCGCCGAGGCCGCCGCGCGCGCCUACGACCGCGCGGCCAGGCGCAUCAGGGGCUCCAAAGCCAAGGUCAACUUCCCCAAUGACUCAGCGACGUCAUUGACGGCGCCUGCUCCCCCGGUCCCGGCCGUGCUCCCGCCACCCAAGGUGGAGACGCGGGCGGCGCUGUCCGACGAGAUGCAGGAGCUGUCCGAGGAGCUGAUGGCCUACGAGAACUACAUGAACUUCCUAGGCAUCCAAUACAUGGAGGGCGGGUGUAAUUCGGCCGCCCCUGCCACCGCCGCCGUCGCCGCCGAAGAGCCGCAGGUGCCGGCCGGCGCCGGACUGUGGAGCUUCGAGGACUAUAACCCGCCAUCUCUGGCGCUCUUUGCCCAGGAUAAUUAAUUGUGUGUUUAGUAACUUUUUGUGAAAGACUCGCAGGGACCAGUGUCGAGCUCUCUCGUCUUGUGUUUUGUUGAACACAUCCAUUGUUUAAUUUGUAAUUGUGCUUUGUAACUCGCAAGUUUAAUGUAUUUGCCGAGAAUUCACUUUCUUGGA